AGAAGAUUUGUUCAGCUUUCAAUAGCUUACAUGUCAUAUGAUCCAGUGACUCCAAAUCAAUGCAUCAUUGUAUUACUACAAGUAGGAUAUUGUAUAUUGUAUAUAUAUAAUGGGGAAGUUGGACACAUCUAUUUGUAUUGGAUUUUAGUGUACAUUAUAUUUAAUAUACAUGUUUUUAAUGACAAAACAGCACCUUUUUAAUUGAAAACGUUUUGAUCAUUUCAAUAGCUUCCAUGUAAUGUGAACUUUUUACUCAAAUUAAUGCAGACUUGUAGCACUAUGCUGGACACGUAUGACACUUAUUUAUAUGUACUUAGUAUAUUUUGAUACCUUUGAUACCUAACUAAAAGAUCUAACUACUUCUUCCACCAUUGACAAAAUGUGUCACCAUGUGUCCUACUCCUAUUUUGAAGUGGACUUGAUGAGUGCUCUCCUGUGAGCCUGUUACCUGGCACUUAAUCACAUGUCAGCUCUAAUCCCCUCGCAGCCCUUCCUCUGUCUGCCGUCAAGGCUUAGCUCAGGAUAGGUGAGACACAUGCAGCCGGCAGCGUCACUUUUCCACUCGCCCUCGCCAGGUAAACCUCCACCUUCCUUAAUCACCCACCUGCAGAGAGAAAGGUAAAGGAUGAGCACUCAUGUUUUAUUGCUGAGUCUUUGAGUUGCCUCAGAGUAGCAUAGGUGUCUGUUGAUCUGUGGAGGGAUGUUACUGUGCUUACGAUGACCAACUGUUUGCCUGUGUGGGACUGUCUAGGCUCCUCGCUGAAGGAGAGGCAGGGCUCUCUGUGGACGAUGAACCGCUACACCACGCUGAGGCAGCUGGGGGACGGCACGUAUGGCAGCGUGCUUCUGGGGAAGAGCAACGACACGGGGGAGAUGGUGGCCAUUAAGAGAAUGAAGAGGAAGUUUUAUUCGUGGGAUGAGUGCUUGAGUCUAAGAGAGGUUAAGUCACUGAAGAAGCUGAACCAUGCCAAUGUGGUGAAACUGAGGGAAGUGAUCAGAGAAAACGACCACCUCUACUUUGUCUUUGAGUAUAUGAAAGAAAACCUCUAUCAGCUCAUGAAAGAAAGAAACAAGUUGUUCCCUGAGUCACUCGUCAGAAACAUGACAUUUCAGAUAUUACAGGGACUGUCCUUUAUUCAUAAACAUGGGUAUUUCCAUCGGGACAUGAAGCCGGAGAACUUGCUCUGCAUGGGCCCAGAGCUGGUGAAGAUCGCUGACUUUGGACUAGCCAGAGAGAUCCGCUCACAGCCACCUUACACUGACUAUGUGUCCACAAGAUGGUACCGGGCCCCGGAGGUUCUGCUAAAGUCUAACUGCUACAGCUCACCCAUCGACAUCUGGGCGGUGGGAUGCAUCAUGGCGGAGCUGUACACUCUCAGACCUCUGUUCCCUGGAAACAGCGAGGUGGACGAGAUCUUCAAGAUCUGUCAGGUGCUGGGAACGCUGAAGAAACCAGACUGGCCUGAGGGCGUCAAGCUUGCCACCUCGAUGAACUUCCGCUUCCCAAAGUGCGUCCCCACCAGCCUCAGAUCUCUGAUCCCAAACGCCAGCAGCGAUGCGAUCACACUGAUGAGAGACAUGCUGCAGUGGGACCCUGAGAAGAGACCGAGUGCUGCUCAGGCUCUACGGUAUCCAUACUUCCACGUCGGCCCGGCGCUCGGUGCUCCUCUGAAGAACUCGGAGCAGCACAAGGCUCAGCCAAAGAUGUACGAGACGUCUUCAGGAACAAAGCCUCUGUCCCUCUGUAAGACGGACCUGGAGUCCAGCGAGCAGAGUAGGACCCAGAGAAGCAGCCAGUCUCUGCACCAGCCUCUUCAGCAGAUACUUCUCCCUCAGAACAACAUGGAGCAAAACCCAAAACAAACAAUGUGUUCUUCCACGCUGACACGGGGACAGCAGGAACCCCUCAGCCUGGUGAAAAGCAGGCAACCAAUGAGCUAUCAGGCUCCUACAGGAGCAGAGAACAGCAUGAGUGCAGUGAGGACGGGACGCAGACGCUGGGGACAGGCGUCUAUCAGAUCAGAGGACAGCUGGGACGACGGAGAGGAGGCAGAAGCCGGAGUCUCCAUCUCCAAAAAGCCCACCAUCAGCUCUCUGAAGGAUGGGGCAGCAGAGGGGCCCAGCUGUCGAUUGGUAGAGUCGCAGAACAAAGCAGAAAGAAAGCUGCCGAGCAACAGCGGGCUGAACCGAGCUGAAUCCUCCACGCUGUCCGCCAAGCAGCACUACCUCCGCCAGUCCAGAUAUCUGCCCGGCAUAAAUCCAAAGAACAGCUCUUUAGCAGAAAGCCCGGUGACCGUCAGAAACCUGUGGGGCGCCUCGGGUUUAACCAGAGAAAAGAGGCCAGAGCUUCCUCUAAAUAAAGACAAUCGUCUUCCUAAACUAACAGAUCAGCAGCCUCUUAAAGAAAAGACUCUGGAGGAUCGUGAUCUUUCUAAAGACUCCUUCCUGAGCAACAAAAACCAGACACAGACACAGAUGCCCCCUUUUCAGAAGGCUGAUCCAGGAUCAGCGAGACACAGGAUCACACUGGCCCCCAUAGGAGGCAGCUCUGCCAUGGAUCUAAGAGUUGAGUCCAAAAUCAAAUCAUCCAAGAAGAAGACCUCCUUAAAUAAACCACUACCCUCAAACGAAGAGCACGAAGGGUGGAGGAGCCGAUCGCUGAAUCCUCCGAUCUCUGGACCCAGCGCCUCAGGGUGGAGCUCGACCCUGCAGCCGGUGCACGGACGGGUCGACUGGACCGCCAAAUACAAAGGAAACCAGUAGCACCAGUCCACUCUGCUC